AUGAGUGCGGCAUCGUUGAUCAGCAAAUAUGUUAGCCACGAUAAGCAACUGGAAAUAAUUGAUAGCCUCUCCAGAAAACUAUCUGACGACAAAGACGAUGUCGAUGUCUUGGUGGAACUUUUGCAUAAUGUCGAGAUCAAUGAUCAAACACUUGAAACCAUAACAUCUUACUGUUAUCAACACUUGUUAGACGGUGAAUAUAUUGAUUCGAUAUCAAAGUUGAUUAGUGCAUUGCCUAAAUUGGAAACCCAAGUCCUAGAUCAAGUGACAGACAUCACAAAACAGUACAUCGAUAAGCACAAGGCAGAUUUUGGAUCUACAUACUAUCAACUAUUCAACAUACAUGUGGACAGCAAAGACGAAUUUGAAGUUGCAGAUACCGAAUUGAAUGCGUUGUUUGCACUAAUGAGCCAAAUUUUUCAAAAACAGUCUCAAACUUCAGUUCUUCAAUUGGAUCACUUGCUUUUACUUUUGUUGGGAAGUGCUGAGAAAUUCGUGUCCAAUGAAGCAUCCAACUUGUUGAGAUGGAGAAUAAAAGUGUUGCUGAAUGGUUCAAGUGAAUUUGAUCUAAUCUGGAGGGUGAUAUUUACUCUUGAGUCGUCAGAGUCAUCAUUUCAGCAGUCAUCGGCAUUUACUCUAUGGUUGAGAUAUCUCAAUAGCAGCAAGGACUUGCAAAAGAACACAAAGUAUCAGACUCUUUUACAAGCAAAUCAGUAUUGGUCCGUACUUCAACGUGGCUUAACCAGUACGAUACAUGAACAGAGAAAGUUUUCGGUAUCGAUAUUGCAAUUGUCAAUCAAAUCAAUCAAUAGCCAACUAGAUAAUGCUUUCAUUAUGUGGGAUUUGAACAAAACAAAUGCUUAUUUAAAUGAAUGGGCGAGAUAUGUCACACUUUACGAAAUCUUGGCAAUUGAUACUUCCCUCCAUCAAGCUGAAGCCGGGUUCACCGACAUCGCUGGACUAAUCUCACCCGAUUCUUUGAUUAAACCAUCUUGGGGCUGGUGCUUACUUUCUACGGGGUUUACUGCAACGAUUGAUUCAGUUAGGAAGCUCACCACUAGGUUGUUGUUGUCUAUACCCUUGCAUAAUUUGUAUCUCAUCAAAGAUGCAUUGCCAAUUUUGGAGAAGUCAUUUUUGCCCAACUUAAUGAUUGCUGCUAAUAUGAAUGUGAAAGUAGUCAAUGGGAAGGUUGAGUGCCCAUUUGCCUAUCAGUUGAAGGACUUGAUCACUAACAUGGUUAAGAACUUGAAGCAGGAGAAUGAAUUUCAAGCUGUGGCUUUAUCAAUCUUGCGUGUUUGUGCAGAGUUUAAACACAAUUUUGCCCCCACAAGGAUUUUGAUCAUGCACGGUUUGGUUGAUGGGUUACAAGAGAGAAAGGUUUUACAAUAUGGUGUACACGACCUGCCAUUGUUGGAACUAUUUGAAAUCAAAUCAGAAGGCACAUUGCUUGAAACUUAUAGUCAGACAUCAAACUUGCGUUUGUUGCUUAAUUUCAGGCCCAACUUGAACAAUUUUAUGAUGGCUUUGAAAAAAUUUACCAAAUUUAAUGGAUUUAGCUUAUUGCAUGAUAAUCUAAGCCAAUUUGAGCGUUAUGUGAGUGAAAUUGAAGGAUUGGAGGAAUUUCUUGAACAAAGUGACGACAUUGACGCUAAAGUCCUAUUACUCGAUAUUUCAAAUCAAACAUUUUUCUUGUCACGGACGGAACCAAUUUUGUUGGCUAAGUUAUUAGAGUCUGGAUUCAAAAAAGCGACAUUGAAAUCAAUUGCAGAAGAGUUGCAAGUGUUGGUAAAUUCGGAUGAGAUAGCGAUCUUGGAAAGUCUUUCGAAUGCUGACUACGCCGAGUUCAACUUUGCAGUUCCCAGCGACGACAAGAUACUUCAACUAUGGUCUCAAAUUGAAUCGGACUUACAAUCUCAAGAUUUGUCAAUCUUGAACAACGUACACAUCAAAAUGAAACUUUUCAACAAUCUUUAUCGUAACUCUACCUUCCAGUUUGAAGAUGAAAAUAUUCUAGUUGAACUCAAGAGAAAUUUGCUAACCAAUACCGAUGAGUUGACUAAAGUGGAUAAAUUUUUCUACAAAAUAAAGGAUAGAAUUGAUGGGGAAUACUACAAAUCAUUAGAGAUCAGCUUUCAAAAAAAUCCGACAUAUUUCCCGUCUGCGUUCAAAACAUUCGACUCCACGUCUUCGAGUUACACUGGAAACUACGCCAUGGUUAACUUGAUUCAAGACUAUCUUGACACUGCAUCACAUGUACAGCUUCCAACUGAAAUUGUCGAUUUCCUAUCAGAGUUGUGGUUUGGUGUUGUUGAAUCUGGAAGGUUACAUUUGAGUCAACGAGAUUUACAGCUUGCCAUAAUCAAAGCAUCAUUGCAUCCUCUAGUUAUUUGUCACAAGGAGGAAGCAUCCAAAUUGAGGGCAUUUUGCUUGUCAGUAUUGGAACAUUCUGCUACCAGACGUAGCUUGCUUCCUACCCUCACUCAAGCUUUGGUGCGUGCUCAACUAACCAACCAAGAGCAAUUUGAAAAAGUAGAGUGGUUACCGGAGAUUUUGGUCAGUGGGUUUUUGGUGUACCAGCAAAAGACAUCGUAUUUCAAAGUUGUUGAUGUUAUGGCAGAUAUUUUUGACAAACAAGUAGCGCACAGUGAUGAUUCCGAUAUCUAUCAAGCUGCUUAUGGUCCACAAGAAGUUCGCUCAAGGGUUAAUUUGAUGGCUAUAUUCAACUCGAUUCAAUCAAGAGAAUUUGCACAAAGUAUCUACAGCUACAUCGUUGAGAAUGAAAGCAAGUAUUCCCUUUUCAAUCCAGUUCGGACAACUGACAGUUUUGAAGAAUGGAAUAGAUUACAGCUUUACACUAUUUUGACUUCCCUUGUUGAUAAAUUGGUGAUUGACUUUGAUCUCGUUCUUGAGCGUAUAUCGACGGAACCAAGCCCAUUGGUAAGAAUGUACAUUGAGUGGAUCCUUGCCUACAAUCUGCUUUACGACGAUGAGUUAACCAACAAGAUUUUCCAAGAGUUAACGACAAACAUGAGCAAUUUGAAACCUGCAGUAGCUACGUCAUACUUGCGAAUCUUGUUUUUAAUGAUUUGCAAACUAAACCCAUCAAAGGAAGCGGAAACCUUGACCGAGUUUAUAAACAUUGUUGUUCCUGGAGCAACCUCACUGAAGAAACUUAUUCGUCACUUUUCCUUGUCGUUGGUAGUUUCGAUCCAAAACGAAAUCACCAAAAAGGAUUUACCUAUAGAUGCCAACGUAAGGAGCAUAAUUGCCAACUUAUACCACUCGGCAACAACUUCGGAUUCAUUUGGUCAAUUUAGAAGUGGAGAUGCUUUACUUUGGGAUAUAGUCGAGGACUUGACUUUGGUGGCAUUGGCAGGAGGAAUUGUUUUGCGCCUAACCGAUCGCGAUGACAUUGACUUUAUUAGUGAAGCUCAAUUUAGCAACAAUCUAUCUCAAGCACAAACAGGCCACUUGAGACAUCCUAUAGGGCACGAUGAAAAGGACAUUUGGGCCAAACAACAACUUAAUAAAAAGAAGCCAAUCGUUACUCCAAUUGAUUCAGUAGUGCAGUCACGACUUUUGCAGACAAAGAGUGGGGCAUGGAAUGCAGUAAUGGAUACCGAGGAUGCAUCCAACACCGGUAAGGACCUCAUCAGAAGCGACUUGAUUGUGGUUGCUUCACUUGUUGAUAAGCCACCCAACUUGGGAGGUAUAUGUCGUUUGAGCGAUGUAUUAGGGGCAGGAUUAUUGACCAUUCAUGAUAUGGCAAUAAGCAAACACCCACAAUUUAAGAAUGUUGCAGUCACUGCUGAUCAAUGGAUGCCAAUGGUUGAAGUGACGCCAGAUAAUGUUCGCGACUAUUUGCUAGAGAAAAAGAGGGAAGGGUACACAUUGAUUGGAUUAGAACAAACUGAUCAAUCGGUGGAAUUAAACAAUGAAUUGAAGUUUCCAAAAAAGUCGUUGAUAUUGCUAGGUAGAGAAAGGGAAGGUAUACCGGGAGACUUGCUAGCCGAGCUCGACAUCUGCGUUGAAAUCAAGCAAGUUGGAAUAGUACGAUCAAUGAAUAUUCAAACGGCAACUGCUGUAAUAGUUCAUGCAUAUUCUACUCAACAUUGUUAG